AAGCCGCCUCGCUGACGUCCAACGUAGACGAACCCCACACACCAAUAGGACGCCGAGCGCUGCGCGAGUCCGACUUAUGACACGGCGUCCUUCACGACGUGCGAGAUGCCUUCGAUGUCGCACCAGCACAGUCAGGCGAGCCGCGCUCGACGUCAAGCCUCGACACGCUCCCAGAAGCGCCGCAGUCUGCCAUACGUCUCCAACGGCGAAGGCUACGGCAGCCAGCAGAGCCUCGGCCGCGAGCUCUCGAUGCAGAGACGCCCCUCGGCGCCGUUGCCGGGCAGCACGCCGCCUUCGCGUCCGCAGCGCUCGCCCUCGCGCAAUGCGUUCAACGCAGACGACACGAACGAUGAGAACGAGCCCGCUGCCGAGGCGCAGCAGAGCAGCGACGUCGAGACUGUCGCUGGCGAGCGUCGCCGCUCUCUCCUCUGAUCUGACUGUACUCCUCCACACUCUCUGACUCCUUCCCGCGCCCCUCGUCGCUGUGCCUCCUUGUCCUGCCCUCCUUCACACGC